GCUCUGUCGUUUCCCGAAAAAGUACAGUUCUUUCACCCUUAAACCUUCGUUUUGUAGCAUUGUAUACCGUGAAAAGAAUUUUAAUCAAAUAUUUGUAAUAGUUCAAUUUAUAUAUAAAACUAAAUGUUAAGGGAGUGAAUUGCUCAAUUUUGUUAGAGACAAUUCACUCGUAGAAAUUAUUUAUUUUAGUAUAACGUUCGACAACUUCAUGUUUCACAAUGAGUGAUUAUUCAGCGGUCGCUCCGCCUCAAAAUUUCAGCCAAAGCUCCGCAUUUGCGGCAGCUUUGCAACGAGCAAAGCAGAUAGCAGCAAAAAUUAAUCCUGUUAGUCUGCAAAAUAUUCAAGAUUCUAAGUUAAAACGUCCUCUUGAAGAUAGUACAGAACCUGAAGCAAAGAAAAUGGCAGCAUUAGUAGCAGAUCCAUUAAUAGGACUUCGUGGUGGACCUACAAGUAAUAGUUCUAUUGGGGAAGGAUCUAAUCAAGCAACAACUAAAGUAGGAUCACAAACAUCUUCAUCUACUCCAAUAGGUGGUAUGGGAGGUAUUUGCAAUGAAGAUAUCAGAGUUCCAGAUAAAAUGGUUGGUUUAAUAAUUGGCAGAGGUGGAGAGCAAAUAACCAGAUUACAAAGUGAGACAGGAUGUAAAAUACAAAUGGCUCCAGAAGGUGGACUACCUGAACGAGUUUGCACACUAACUGGUUCACGAGAAGCUGUCAACCGAGCGAAAGAAUUGGUGCUUUCAAUUGUGAACCAAAGAAGUAGAACAGAAGGAAUUGGAGAUAUAAAUAUGAGUGGGAGUAGUGGAGGAAUGAUAGGACAUCCCGGUUUUGUAGAAAUUAUGAUUCCGGGUCCAAAAGUUGGAUUGAUAAUUGGAAAAGGAGGAGAAACAAUAAAACAACUGCAAGAAAAAUCAGGAGCAAAAAUGGUUGUUAUUCAAGAAGGGCCUUCACAAGAACAAGAAAAACCUCUAAGAAUAACUGGGGAUCCCCAGAAAGUAGAAUAUGCCAAGCAAUUAGUCUAUGAGCUUAUAGCCGAAAAGGAAAUGCAAAUGUUUCACAGAGGUGCAAGAGGUGGCGACAGGGGAGGAAAUUAUACUAGUGAUAGUAAUUUUAGUCAUGCCUCUACUAGUAAUGAUGGAGUUGAGGUAUUAGUUCCGAGAGCUGCGGUAGGCGUCGUUAUUGGCAAAGGAGGCGAUAUGAUAAAAAAGAUUCAAGCAGAAACAGGAGCACGAGUUCAAUUUCAACAAGGUAGAGAGGAUGGCCCAGGAGAUAGAAAAUGUCUCUUAUCUGGGAAACAUCAAGCUGUAGAACAAGCGCGUCAGCGUAUCCAAGAACUUAUAGAUAGUGUAAUGAGAAGAGAUGAUGGGAGAAGUAAUAUGGGUACCAGAAGUGGUCCAAGGGGAAAUGGAUUUGGAACCGGUAGAAAUCCAACUGAAUAUGGUACUUGGGACAGACGUCAAGGUGGUCCUAUGCAGGAUAAAAUAGAAACUACGUUUACUGUACCUUCUUCAAAAUGUGGCAUUAUAAUUGGAAAAGGUGGUGAAACCAUUAAGCAGAUAAAUCAACAGACAGGGGCUCAUUGUGAAUUAGAUAGGCGGAAUCAAAGUAAUGAAAGUGAAAAAAUUUUUAUAAUUCGUGGCAAUCCUGAACAAGUGGAGCAUGCUAAAAGGAUAUUUAGUGAAAAAUUAGGAAUGGGACCAACUGGUACUUCUUUCACAGGUGCACAAGGAGCAAUUGGUUAUAAUCCCAGUUGGAAUGCUGGAACAGGAUAUCAAGCAUGGCCCAGUCAACCUCAAUCUAGUGAUGCAGGUAAUGCUAGUCAAGCACCUGUUCAAGUUAAUCCACAAACAGGUCAGCCCGAUUAUAGCGCACAAUGGGCAGAAUAUUAUCGGUCUCUUGGUAUGCAUAGAGAAGCAGAUAUGAUAGAACAACAAGCAAAGCAAGGAAAACAAGAUCAUAAUCAACAAGCAGGAAGUGCACAAAAUCAAUCGAAUCCUGCAACGGCAACAGCUUCUACGCCUGGUCAACAACAACAACAAACACAACAGCAGCAAACGGGUGCUUCUCAAAAUGGAGGUCAAGCUGAUUAUAGUGCUCAAUGGGCUGAAUAUUAUAGAAGUAUCGGUAAAAUAAAAGAAGCUGAAGCAAUAGAAGCACAAAUGAAAGCAGGCAAGUUGGGAAUACAAGGGAAUCAAAUGACACAACCUCAAAUGCAACCAGCUAUGCAGAAUCAAUCGGCUGGACCACCUGGUAGUACACCAAACACAUUUCCACAAGCUUAUGGUAGUUAUCCAGGAAUGAAUGCAGGCUCAGCUCCGACUGGUUAUUAUGCAGCAGGUGCAGGGUCUACAAGUCAACCACAAUCGGGGCAACAAAAUCCAACUUUUCCUACUAAUUAUCAAAACUAUCCUUACUCGCAGUCCAGUUCUGAUAAUUAAACUUCCAGAGGAAAAUAUAAGCUAUAGUUUUCAAAUAGCUUUCCAUCGGGAUGUGGUUAAUGCCUGCUGUACCUUCAUAUGUUUAUAAAAAAAUUACUGCAAUUGCUCGCUUUAUAAAAUCAUUAUUAUCUAAAAGCACCGUUAGAAACAAUUAUAUUCUAUUAAUACUAUAUUACAAUUUAUGGUUUUUUUAUAUACAUACAUAAACACAUGUAUACAUAUAUAUAUAUAUAUAUUGUAGGAUAUGCAUCAUUUUAGAUGUAAGAUAUAAGAAACAUUAGUUAUUGAAUAUUGAAGUUAAUAGUAUAAUGUAAUAUCAAUAUGAUGUCCACAUCUGUGUUUUAAUUACGCUACUGUAUGUACACUUACUUCAUAACAUAUAACUGUAAUAUAAGUUAAAACUAGCAGGUGCAGCAGCAGGUCUGAAAGAGGAACGGGGGAUCGCCAACAUUAACCAUAUUACUGCACCCAUGUUUCAUUAAAAUUGUUGAAAAUUAUACUUUCGAAUGCGUUACUACAAAAUAUUUAAGUAUCUACCACAAUAGAUCAUUAUUUAUGUCUCGCAGAUUCAUUCAUAGAAUAUUUCUUUCAUCAAAUUUACAAACCUCUAUACAAUAACAAGGUUGUAAAGAGACAGCUAAACUUUAUUUUUAUUACUCAUCAUUUAUUGAUAAUAUGUAUUCAAAGAACUAUGAUAUAUAUGAUGCUCUAUAUACAUAUGCUAUUAUAACAAUGCUAAAUACAACAUUACCUUUA